AUGGGCGCCAAGCAGAGCGGCCCCGCCGCCAACGGCCGCACCCGCGCCUACUCGGGCUCGGACCUGCCCUCCGGGACCAGCGGCGGCGGCGGGGCGGACGGCGCUCGGGCGGCCCGGUUCGCGGCCUCGGUGCCAGCCCCGGCGGCGCCCCGUAGCCGCUCGCUCGGCGGGGCGGUGGGCAGCGCGGCGGGGGGCCGCGCGGCGCAGUCGGCCUUCAGCAUCCCCAGCAGUGGCGGCAGCGGCAGUGGGCCGUACGGCUCACAGGACUCAGUGCACAGCAGCCCGGAGGACGGCGGCGGCUCUAGGGACCGGGACCGGCCGGCGGGUGGGGGCUCUGGCGGGCCGCGUCUGGUGAUCGGCUCGCUCCCGGCCCACCUCUCCCCGCACUUGUUUGGAGGAUUUAAGUGCCCGGUAUGCUCAAAAUUUGUACCCUCAGAUGAAAUGGAUUUGCAUCUUGUGAUGUGUUUAACAAAGCCAAGAAUAACGUAUAAUGAGGAUGUGCUGAGUAAAGAUGCGGGGGAAUGUGCAAUAUGCCUUGAAGAAUUGCAGCAGGGAGACACCAUAGCCCGACUGCCUUGCCUGUGUAUAUAUCAUAAAGGCUGCAUAGAUGAAUGGUUUGAAGUAAACAGAUCUUGUCCAGAGCACCCUUCAGAUUAAGCACACCAGAUUCCUGUGUUAUGGGUUUUCUUGUCUUUUCAAGAUGCUUGAGAAAUCUAGAAGAUUUGAAGAUCUGUCUCUGGAAGAAAAUGAGAGCUGCAGGCUUACUCAGCCAGGAUCUGAGUUCUGGGACACUUGGGUCCAGAGAAGGACAGGAACCACAGAACUCAGCGUACCAAACUUGCAUAUAAGGGAUACACAGGGAUUUUGAAAUGCUGCACAUCCUGUACCAGUCACUGCAUAGAUGACACUGAUAAACAUUUUGUAUUCAAACGCCAAAGUUAACUCAUUUCAAAGUUGAUUUACUUUUUAUUAAGUUCUGUAGAGCUGCUGUUUUAGUGUAUUUGGUUUUGGUUUGUUUAUUGUUUUUGUUUUUUGUUUGUUUUUGUUUUUUUUUUUGUUUGGGGACUUUUAUUUUCCCGAACAUAAUGUUUUUUCAUUCACCUAUUCUUAACUUGAAAACCACACAAUUUCUUACAAACUCUUCAAUGUGAAACCAAGAAAUGUAAUCAAAGCAGUAUAAUAUUCUGUGAAUGGAGAGUAUAAUUGAAGUUCUUCCACCCCUCCCCCUCAUCACCCACCCCCAUGUAUGAAAAGUAGGUUUCUGGGCUGGAGAACUAGGAUGCGUUAGUAGUGUGAAUUAAAGGGUAAUAUAAAAUGCCAUCCGAAGAGGAAAUCAAGUUACAUAAUUACAUUCAGUUAAUUACAUGUAGAACUGUCUACUGAACUGCAGUUUCUGAAAUACAUUGUUUUUUUCUAAAAUGAAACUGUGCAAUAGCUUGUUAGCAGUGACCAUCUUGCAGCUAUGCAACUUUGAAAAGUCCAGAUUUGAUGGUCCCUGCUCUGGGGCCACAGUGACUCUGUCCUAACAGGUGUCUUUUGUUCCUUUCCUGUAAUUACUUCAUUGUGCUUUGCAUUUCCAGGCAGUUUCCCUAUGUUUGGGUAAAAUGUUUAGCAAGUUGUAAACAUAAUACCUUAUGAAAAGGGUAAAAUAAACACUUCUGCAGUGGGACUUGGAGUAAUUUGAGGGACAUUUUAUAUACUUUUAAAAAUCAGAAUUUAAUUGGGAUGCCAGAUUUCUAGCAGCUUGCAUCUUUAGUUUUCCAGAUAAGCUGGAAGUUAGCAUUUGAUAAAUGAUUUUUAAAGCAGAUAUAAAGACUUUGUUAAUUUAUAAUUUAUUGUGUUAUUACUGUAAUUGAAAAUGUUGUGGAUACUUUUAAAUUCAGUCUUUGUAGAAAGAACUGUAUUAAGCAAAAUUAUGUGAAUAAAUAUUCCCCCAAAAUACAUCUGAUGGUUAAGAAUACUGGAAGAGAGCUAUCAGGGCUGAAACAAUGAAUGUCUUUUUAAAUAAUUAUCAGAAUGUCAAGAAGUGGAGUUCACGUUUAGUCUCAGGGAGAACAUUGCUUCCCUGGUCUAGUGAAGGCUGCACAGUCCUGCUGUCCUGCCGAGCUGUCCUGGGUGUGGAAGGCGUGAGUCUGUAGUGUUGCUCUGCUGCUUACACUGAUUAUUCCCCAGGCCUGCUGUUCUGCUUCUUCCUGUUCACAAGGGCACGUGCAGGAGCGCCUGCUGCUAUGGUGUGGCUGCGGUGGGAGUUGUCCUCAUAUGGAAAGAACUUACCUGCUUUCCUAUGGUUGUGAGCUAGACAGUACCUCUGCAGUUCCACUGUGGAUUACCUGUUAGGGCGAGUGGUCUGAUCCUGUGUGACAGCUGACAGCACAGCUCUGUAAGUUUUCUUUUCAGCCAACGGUAGGAAGAUUGAUUACUCUUCCUUCCAGGGAAACAGUCUUUCCUUAGGUUUGUUUGUUUGUUUGUUUCUGUUAACAUGAAAUCUGAAUCCAUUUUACUUCAUCUUUCAGUUUGUAAGCUUUCCUCUCCCCCUGAUUUCCCCCAGGGAAGAGCUCUUAGACUGUGAAUAACCACUUUGCUCUUGACUACUGGUGUAUUGUCUAGAGAAGACUUAUUCUUUCUGCUGUCUUCUCUACUUGGAGUGCCCUGUGCUAAUUGAUGUUUAGCCUCCCCAGAAGAUGACCUCCUUCGUGCUAAGCUCAACUUCUUGGUGUCUUGCCUGAGUUCACCCUUCCAUCACACUGUCCUCACACAGUCUUCAUGGCUUCUGGGCUAUGGCUGCCUCCAAGCUCCUGUGCUGAGAGAGAGAGAGAGCUCAAGCUCAGGGCUGCCAUGGCGAGGAUGUGGACACUGGCCGAGCUGACGCUUGUCUGGACAGUGCUUACUGAAAUCCACUCAGACAGCCUGCUUUAUUUUUGUUUUUAGUUGGCCAAAUUUGAUAAAGUUUUUACAUUUUUACUUUAAGUUUUGUCUGCAAUGAUUUCCUAAAAAGAAUAAUUUAGAAAUAGAAGAGAGAAGCUCAGAUGUCCCAGUUUCUGUUCAUUAUUCUGGGAAUGUUCUAUAAGUGAUACUUUAUAUAAUAUUGCUUAUAAUAUUUAUCAGUCUGUAUACAGACACUGAGUAGCAUCCAUCAUAAAAUUAUAGAAUAUUCAGCUGAAACUACUGAAUAUGGAGACAAAAUAAAAAUUGAAAGCCUCAGUUAUCUGUUAUCCAGCCGGUCAUAGCCUUCUAGAAUCUUUGUAAAUACUCUUUCAGAUAAGGUCACAGGUGUGUAGAGAAUGAGGUACAUGCUUGGAUUUCUCCAGUCCACUCUGUCCAUAGUGAAUUUAUUGCCAAUGUUGAUCCUGCUUCUACCUUUUCAUUCCCUUUUUGGCAUUAUAUAUGAGAGAAGCAUUGUUCUCUCUCUCUGAAAAAUCAUUCUUUCCUUGCCUCCUCUCUAGAGAAGUAGACAUAAUGUCUUUCAAACCUAGUUACAAAUCAGACUGUAAGAUUGUUUUAAGAAGAUUUAUGAUUAAGAGAUAAGCAAUGGUCUCUUCGUGGCUUGUCUACAUAACUGCAGAAACCGUGGUACAAAGCCCUGGUGACUGCUGGACUAUAUAGGUUUGGGCUUUCCAGUGCCAGUUUUCUGCAUUCUUCAACUUUACAUGGUUUAUUCUGGUUUCCACUUAGAUACUAGACUGCAGCCCAGAAUAACCAUCCUUAGCCUAGCUGCAGUAUGCACGGCAAAGAUAUUUCCGCCUGACUGAAUUGCCAGAAAUGGCAGAAUCUUUUCCAGAGCAUAUUUCAUACUGUGUUUCUAAGUAUGGGUGUGGUGAGGUUUCGGAGCACACAUUUCCUACUGGACAUGGUGACUCAUGCCAACACUCAGGAAACUGAGGCAGGAGGAUUGCCACAAGGUCCAGGCUGGCCUGGGCUACGUAGUGAGGUCUAGGCUAGCCUGUCUCAAAAAAAAAAAAGCAAUCAUUUUAAUAUGUUACAACAAGACAUAUUCCUUUUAGUAAGAAGGAUUGUGAAUUCAAUGUAAAUAGUAUUUGCUUUUUCUGUAUUGACUGAUGGGAAGUAAGGGGAGUUCCCGCGCAGGAAGCUGAAGGUAAACGAAGUGUCAAACUCUUAAAAUUCAAGACUGGUUGAGUUUGCCAUCUGACUGAUAGCCACACUGUGUGUUGACCAUAUGAUCCAGGUAGCUUACUCUUCACAGAGGAGGUUCUGUCUAAACCAAACCAAAUCAUCAGAGCAUACGCAGUGACUCAGAGGCAAAGGGUGCUGGUGUCACAAGCACUACGUGUAGGUUAGCCAUGUUUGUGUAGGUUUGGUCUACCCUGGGGUAAACUCUGAGAGUGAGAGAUGAGACAUGGAGUGUCCCUUGUCAGUAUACAGAGAUUUUAACUCGACUUUAAAAUUGUAGCAUGUCAGUCCUUUGGAGUCCAUUCUCCUAUCUUUCCUAGAGUAUAUAACUUGUGCUGUUUUCUUAGCUGUGUGGUAGAACUAGUUACCUUACCUGUUUUACCCUACUCUUUCUCAGUCCCACAAAUCCUGCUGAGUAUGAAUGGCUGUUGCUUGAGGUACUCCUGAAAUCAUUGAUGAAAUUGUUGGUGAUAAUGUACCCAACUAAUACUUUAUACCAUAUUCUGUAAAUGCUAGGAAAUAGACUUUUAAAAAAAAUCAAAGAAUUCUGUUUUGAAUGGGAAUACCUGAUUUCCUAAGUCUGUUGACUUUCUGUGAGAAAUAAAAGACGUUGAACACCAGAAAUGUUAAUAUUUAGUUUCAGUUUAACAUACACCAUCACUGUCCUCACAGGGUUGUUAUCAGAUGUUCAAACUAUUCUUAAUUUUUGACCAGUGUGUGUGUGUGUGUAUGUGUGUGUGUGUAUGUGUGUGUAUAUGUGUGUGUGUUUGUGUGUGUGUGUGUGUGUGUGUUCAUAGAGAAGCAAAGAGCAGUGAGGCGUAACUAACAACUCCACAAAAAAAUGAAAAAUGUGAUACUGUAAUAUUUACUAACGUGUGUGUUCCUCAGCUUUGCCCCUGGGCCAUCAGAAUCUCAAGAUUGGACAUCAGAGGUAACAGUUCUCUUAUCACUGUCUGCCCAUGCCUGCCAUUUCUGAUUUUGUAUGUUAGAGUUGACACAUACCCAUCCUUUAUUUGGGAAGCUUAAUAACUGCCUGCAUUUUGUUAGCAGUAACUGUGGUAUCAGAACUGUUUCUUUUACCAGCCAAGUUGUGCACUUCUGGCAUCCCAGGACCCAAGAUGUGGAGGCAGAGGAUCACAGACUGGAAACCAGCUUGGGCUACACAGUGAGUUUGAGACAAGCCUGAACUCCAGUGUGAGAGCUUGUCUCAAAGUUUGGCUGUAGUCACGUGAGAGUGUUGGACGUAAGCUGUGUGGUUAGGAGACUCUGGUCUAGGACAAAAGACCGUGAACAGUGGACUCGGUGGCACUAAGUAACGGGCCAUUGCUCUGCCUUGCAGAUGACUUGUUACAUGGAUUUCUUUGCUUGAAAAAUCACAAUAUUUACCUCUUGAUUUAUUCGUGGUUUCCACAACUCUUCUAUAAUACCUCUUAAUUCCCGCUAUUAGAAAGAUUUGUUAAACAAGACCCUAAAAGCAUUGAUCAUAAGAAAUAGAGAAAAUGUAUUAGGAACCGCCUGUGUUAGUGUGUUCUGAACAGAACAGCACAAUUCAUCACUGAUAUUUUAAUAAAGUUUCCAAGUGAUGUCA